AUGCACAUCGUAGAGAACAACAAAGAGGCAAGCUCCAGACAGAGAAACUCUGCAGGAAAACUCCGUGCGCUCGAAGGGCAGAUUACCCGAUUGGGAGGUGCCAGUUCCGUCGUCUUGCACGGAGUGUUAUCAUGUUGUACGUGUUGUCAGGUAGGGACUUCAUCGAUAUUGGUAUGGUUCAACUCAGCAGAGCUCGAGGUUUCGACGCAGAUAUGCAAAGCGCUGUGUAGUAUCUAUCAUGGGCGAUGUUGUUUGAUAUCUGGUCUGAGGUGGACUUUUCUUUCACAGCGCGCUCCGCGCGCUGUGGAAAACCGGCUUUAUUACCCUCAGCGCGCACUCAAGAACAGCAUUAGCAGUGAUAUCAAGUAUAGAGGAACUGCGAAGGUUGUAGAUGUACAGUGCAGGUGUUGGUUCGUCAAGAUGGUCGAGAAGAAGAGCUCGAUGAGUAGCCCGCAUCACCAUCUUAAGCAUCUGAAGCACCAGCAGCAAGGCAGAGAGCUGGUCGAGACGAUAAUCGAGCUUGUGGAGCAGAAUGACCAUGAUUCGCUGGCUUUCAUCGCUAGGAAUUGCGGCAUACCGCCGCAAUUGAGACAUGUGGUUUGGCCCAUUCUGCUCAAGUACCAUCCGAUGUGUAUCUCGCCAAACAUCAUGUCGAAUGUGAUUACGUGGGACCCGCAUUGCAAUUCGUAUUCUGUGGUCGAAAGCCAGGUGGAGCCGUCGCAGGAGGACCUAGAGGGGCUGAUUCUGCAUGAUCUGCGCAAGUAUUUCCACUCGAGAAGCAACGGAACCGUGACCGGGUACACGACCAGCUCGUCGGACGUCUCGACUGUGAGUUCGAUGGACAUCAGUAUGCUCACUGCGGAGGACGAAUCGGUUGUGUUGAACGCGCUGAAACGAGCGAUCCUGCGGUUUCUGAGCAGGUGGUCCAAGAUCUUCAAGUAUGAGAGUGGGCUCGCGUGGAUUGCUACUGGGUUGGCUGAGUGGGUGCCUGUGCAGGAGCUCAGCUUGGGGCUUGAGGGCCCCGUCGUCUUGAGCGGUAAGAAGCAUUCGCAUUCGCAUGCAUCUUCUUUUGCUCAUUCGCAUAACAGCGGCGCCGCUUCGCUGUCCGUCACUCCCACUACUGGCGUUUCACAGAGCGCGAACGUCUGUCUGUGUUAUCUCUACAAAGAAUACCCGCUGCCAGCGCAGCUGCGGUCAAAACUGCCAAGUGAACCAGUUUCCUCCUUUGACCAUACCUUCGAGAGACUCGUGCUUGUCAUUCUUCACUGUCCCGACACUAUACUGGCCCAGAAACAAACUGCAUCUCAUUUAAACACAAAGGAGCCUCAUCCAAUAAAUUACUUUCCUGUGAUAUCCGGCGGGGACAUUUCGUACCAAACACAGGUGUUCUUCAAAGUUUUCUCUACGAUUCUGCCUGAACUCUACCAGCCGUUCACUGAAGAAAGCGUUCUCCAAACUAGCAACAGACGGGUCAGUUGGCUCUACUGGUGGAUCAAAUGCUCAGGUGCGCGCGCAUUGCAAAAACAGGAUAGGGCACGUCUAUGGGAUAUCCUCCUUGGUUGGAGACCGGAGCCUCGCAUGAGCUCGAUUAACUUCUUCCUCAACUACAAUACAAAGAAAUUCGAUCACCUAUACAAGGAGCCCUCGAAAAAGCAUGUGAAUUUCCUGAAAUCAUUAGCCAAGAACGACCCAUUUUGGUUCCCGGAUCUAGAUCUGAUACCGAUUGGCACGCAAAAGUACCGGUUCGAUUACGAAAUCCUCAAGGAAAUUCUCCGAAGAAAUCGUUACGGUCAGAAUGCGGAGGACCAAACAAGCAUUGAUGAACCACAUGACGACAAGAUACCGUAUUCUUUGAUUGACCCGCAUAUUCAACUGCUCUUUGUCUACGUUGCAAUACUGCAGUACAACGAAUUCAAGCUUCUAGAGUUCGAAGAGACGGAAAUUUCCGAGUUUUUAACGAAUGUCCCCAUGCUUUCUAAAGCAGACGAUUACUGUUACCGGAAAUUGUAUGAUACCACAAACAUAUCGGAAUCGAGCCAUAGUAGUAGCCAGGAAGAUCUUCACAAGAGGCCCGGGUCCUCAAACAUGUUGAUAGAGGUGGGGAAUGACGCCAAAGCUUCACACUCAUUCGACGAUUUACUAAGCAUGGCAGGCGAUAUAUGGAGAAAGUGGCUAUGGGCAGAGCUCGAAGAGAGCUCAGUUGAUGAAUGA